UUGUGGAGCAGCUUGGCACCAAAAGGAUCGACGAUCUUGAAACAAAGAACCUGCCCCAGAGGAAUCCGUCAUCCUUGGCAGAAACAAACCAGACUUCUCAGCAAGUGUCUGUUCUUACCAGACCAGACCACCUCCCUCUGGGCUCACCGGACCCCAGAGCCCAUCCUGUUUAUUUAGGGCUAGCCUUUCUCACAGGCUGCAGAGACAGGGCAGGCAGAGCAAUUAUUGAACUCUAUGGUCACCAUCCCGGGUGGGAGUCAACAGUAACGAGCCACGAGAUCUUCCAGAUGCUGCUCUACUUCUAUUCCAUCACCAGGGAGGAGGUCAGAGAAGCCGGGAUGAGAUUGAUAUUUGAUGCAAGAAGGAAGAAUCCUCAACCUCAGUUCUACAAGGCUUUGAUGGCUCUUCAUGAGUGGUCACCCCGUGCCGUGAAUUCUUUGGUUCUGCUGGUGGACAAAGAGAGCAACUUUCAGCCAGAGAGAUGUCCUGGAAUCCAGACGGAUUCAGUAACAUCAAUGAAAGGAUUGGUCAAGCUGGCGGAGACCAAUCAGCUGAGCUCUGCUCUGGAUGGCACAGCUCAUGGCUACUGUGACUGGUUUGAGCUGCACCAGAGACUUUUCCCGUUUGUUAACAAUCUCCAUGAAGCUGCUAGCUUACUACUGAGAGCCAUCAGAAAGUUAGAAGAGCUGCAGAUGACAGAGACUGUGCAGGCUGUGCAGCAAUGCAUGAUGGACCAGAGGACUCUGAUGAGGGACGUCUUGGAGGACAGUCGGUUGGUCAGCCUGCAGAGGGAGGGCGGGGCCAUCCUGGCUAGGCUGCGGAAGGAGAGUGACUUGAAGUACCCUCACUGUGAGGACCUCAGUGAUGCAGUUGACUCAGUAACCAGUCUGUACAACUAUGUGGAGGAGCAGGCUCACAUCCUUGUGCAGAGGACGAAUGCAUCAUUGGAACACCUGGAAUACCUGCUGCAGCUCAGGGAAAUGGAGGGACACUUCAAGCAGAUUCAGCAGUGGUUUAGUGUGGAGGGAGAGCGCCACCUGCUGGAGGCCAAAUCCGUUGAGGAAUCUGGAGACAGAAUGGAGCAGAUCCUCAACAGCUUCACUGGUUUCCUGAUUGAAGCUAAUGACCGCAGACACCACGCCAUGUCCUUAGUGUCAGAGGCAGACAAACUCCAGCAGAGGGGACUCUCCUACCCAGAGACAGAGGCCUUCAGGAUUCUAAUCAGCACCUUUAAAUCAGACUUGGAGGAUUUCUUGUGCAGGGCGGAAGCAUGUGGCAGAGAGCUCCAGACUAUGGUCAACCUGUGUGAUUUUUGUGAGCAGGCUGUGGAGCUAGCUGAUGAAUGCACUGGUUAUCUGAACCUUACUAAAGUCAGAAAUCAGACAAUACAAGCACCAGAAAGUACCCCAUCGAUCAGUCAAAUAAAUACCCAACUGCUACAGAACCACAGCAAAGACCCCUGCCUGAACUCCACACCUCUCAGCCCAUCAGAUCUCCAGGCUUCUCCUGACAGACUUAUUCUACAGUCUUUUAAAGAAAGGUUCCUACACUUCAGCCCAGAGAAAUUCCAAGAAGUGAAGGUCCAGGCCAGCUCCUUGCAGGGCUCCCGAGGGAUGCAUGUUUGGAAUGCUGCCUGGCUGAGAUGUUAUGAGGCUCAGCAGCAGCUUCAGGAGAGGAUGCUGGAGCAGGAGGACGUUUGCCACCAUUGUGCAGAUCCCAACAGCAGCUGUGAGGGUCAUUUUGUAGAUGUAGUGAGCACCAAUGUUCAGACAGCAUCUCCUGGGGGACAGAGGUUGGUGGUGCAGUCUACCACUGUACCUCAGCAUCCUCACAGAGAGGGGAUGUCAUCAGGUUCAGUGGAUUUGGGUAAAAUCAUCAAACCACAAGAUAACAUUGAUGCAGCAGGAACAAACUUAGAGUCAAAGACCUCCCAGCAGUCACCUCACAGGUCAGUCAGGAAAACAGUAAAGGAGGCAAGGAAGAGACAGACAAGCAGAGCCAGAAGUGAAAGGGAUGCUGCUGCUUUAUCCCAGUCACAUCCUGUCGGCUGCCAGUGGUUUCCAUGGAGACGGGGACUUGGAGGGAGGUCAGUGAGCCAGGACUCACACUCCACCCGAGCCUCAACAGCUGACUUCACCCCGGGGGAAAAGGGGGCUGGACCACCGUCAGGUUGCUCCCACCACGGUCAGCCGUCCUGCCGAAUCUUGCAGGAGGCCCAGAAGUUCCAGAUCUCCCGCCACGGGAGCUUCUGCUCAGAAAACUCUUGUGUGAGCGACCGUGGGGCUGCAGGGGAUAACGGAGCAGACGGCUGUAAACACUCCAGCCUCCCCCCUGAGGGAUAUGGGAGGGCCAUUUCUUUACCAGGUCCACAGGAGAACGCCAGCAGCUCUCUGAGGCUGCAGCAUGUGAUGGAGGAGCUCGUGUUUACAGAGAGGGAGUAUGUUCGCUCCCUGGGUUACAUUCUCACUCACUACCUCCCCCUAAUGGACAGGUUGGACAUUCCUCAGGAUCUCCGAGGCAAACGAGGAGUUAUCUUUGGCAACCUGGAGAAGAUUUAUGACUUCCACAGCCACUAUUUCCUCCCAGAGCUGGAGGCCUGCGAGAGGCAGCCUGCCAUGGUAGCCCGCUGCUUUCUCAGACAUAGUGAGAGUUUUGGGCUGUAUGCAUUGUACAGCAAGAACAAACCUCUGUCAGAUGCUCUUAUUCUUUAUCGUCGCCAUGACAUCUUCAAGAAAAAGCAGCAGGAACUUGGGGACUUGAUGGACCUUUCUUCAUACCUGCUCAGGCCGAUCCAAAGGAUCAGCAAGUACAGUCUCCUGCUGCAAGACAUGCUGGCCUUGGUCGCAUCAUGCAGAACAAAACAGCAGGACGCUGCUGCAAGUACACAGCAUGUGUGUGGCGUGGCUGCACCGGAUCUGACAAGGAUUGAGAGAGACAGAGAGAAGGCCGACAUCCAGGCUGCUGCAGACUUAAUUCAGUUCCAGAUGCGUCACGGCAACGAUUUACUCACCAUGGACGCCAUACAGGACUGUGAUGUUAACUUGAAAGAGCAGGGGCAGCUGAUCCGCCAAGAUGAAUUCACAGUUUUCUUUCGGAAGAAAAAAUGCACCCGUCGAGUCUUCCUCUUUGAACAUUUGAUUCUGUUCAGCAAGCCCAAGAGAACAGAUAUUGGAAAUGAUGUUUAUGUCUACAAGCAGUCAUUUAAGACAAACGAUAUAGGAAUGACCCACAACUCUGGCAUGAGCAGUCUGUGCUUUGAGAUCUGGUUCCGCAGGAGGAAAAAUGAGGACACCUACACUCUGAAGGCCUCAAGCAUUGAAGUGAAGAAAGCCUGGACCACUGAUCUGGAGAGGAUACUGUGGAACCAGGCUGCUCAAAGUAGAGAGCUGCGUUUACAAGAGAGGGUGUUUAUGGGAGCAGGUCGCGGUGCUUUUAUGGAUAUUCAACCCAGCGAUGGAGCUAUAUGUGAUCGAGCCGUUGGCUGCGUCCCGCCAGGGAGAAGGGCUUAGAUUAUCCCCGACCUCAGUCCAUUGGCUCCGGCAGCA